AUGCCUCCAAAGAAGAAAAUCAAAAAAUCAAAAGAGGAAGAGAAAAAAAAGAUUCCUAGUGAUGCCCAAUGGUGCCUUGACCGUGCUGAAAAUUUAACUUUUAAAGGAUUCAUUGAACAUUGGGACUGCCUGGAUAGAAAUCGGGCUCAGCAGCAAUAUGGAAAAAUAAUAAACGAUUAUUUCAAAUCCAAGAAUGAUCGCAAUAAUAGAAUACAAACGGAAUAUAAAAACUGGACUUCAAGCGCAGAUUAUAUACGCUUUUGGAGUGCGCGAUCAGACUCUAUCAUACUUCUCAAAGCUGGAUUGGGUUCUACAGAGUUGAUUAGCGAUAUAACCAACCAACGAAUUGACUCUCUACGAUCCACUGUUGCAAGUAGUGGUUCUCAAACAUCAGACUGCCAAGUCUCAGAUUCCUCCAAUUCCUCUAAUUCCUUCAAUUCUUCCUGUUCCGAUACCCCCACUUCUUCUAACACAUUUAGUUUACAUGCUGACCCUGCUGUCUCGCCCGUUUUAAAUUUGCCAACAAGUCUCACCAACCUCACAUUUCUCAAUAUACAUAACCAUCUAAUCGAUAUCAGGAAAAGCUUUUUAAAUGAAGAGGAUAUGAAAAACCAUCCAUGGUUAUAUAAAGAUAUCAAUAUUAGUCGUUUAUUCAACAAGUACCAGAUUGCUGUCUGCAACAUUAUUCAAAAACAUGAGAGCCUUCCUAUUGAAUCAUAUGUGCACGAACUGGCGUCUUUGACGCAUAUAUUUUUCCUCUGCAAAAAUCAACAUAGUGAGAUUGCUGAAAAAAUAUUCUCUUUGGACUUGUUAAAAGACUUGACAAGUUUACCCGAAUUAGAAACGAUGAAUGACAGUCCUUAUUUUCCAGUAGAGCAUUUUAUGACCAUUACCAAUACCAUUACAAACGUCACCUUGAACAAGAGAACAAGAGAACAAACGAUUUUAGAUCUUUUUGUUCUGGCUUCUCAAUUAAACUAUAACCAAAAGCGACUUCUUUUAGGUGUUAUCAAUUUGAUUCAGAAGCUUCCCUGUUCUCCUCUAAAUGACUACAAAAAAAUGAGUGAAAGCGAAUUAUGGAGUACAUACUUUGACCCUUUGCUGUCAUGCUUAAUCAGCGACCCGGAUCGACUUGUUCACCUCCGUUGGACUAAUACUAUCCCAAAUGAAAAAGGAAAGUCUCGGCCUGAUGCAGUGAUAAGUGAAAAAACACUAUUAAAAUUUGGAAACAAUGUAGGUUAUGGAGAAGCAAAAACCCAACAAGGCUGUUGCAGUAAGCUUUUAUGUCUGGAUACCCUCCGUUUGGCAAUUUUUACUAAAAAUGCUAUUGACGUCAACAAGUUGGAUGGUGCUCUUGGUUUCCAAAUUCAUGGAUUCAAUAUCACUUUUUAUCUCAACCAAGUAACUGCCAAAGGCAUCUAUACUUUUAAGGAGAUUGCCUAUAUUCGUUUCCCUCAAUCGCUAGAAGAUUUACCGUCGUUAUUUACUCUGAUCAAUAUCAAAAACCUCCUUGAAAUCAAUCAUAUUUUUUGGAGUAUUUGUAAAAAAUCUCAGCAUCCUGAGAUCAUUGAAGAAAAAUAUAAGGCAACUCAAAUGUGUCUAGAUACCAUGAUCGAUACAAGUCAAGACAGCACUCGUCAAUGUGUUUUACGAUUUGGCCAGUGA